UCUGCCCCAGUCCUGCACCAGCCUCAGGAGGAGUUGGAGUGGCCUGGACCCAGCCCUGUGUGCUAAUCAACUGAGUUGGUCCCAACUUCUGCUCAUUCCUGUUGCCCUGGAAAUGGCCCUGCUUCUCCUCUUCUGGGCCCUGGUGGUGAGCCCAGAGGCUCUGGGCAGCCGGACAACAUUGCCGCCAGUCAUACUCAGCCCUGGAGGGACUUUUGCUUCUUCAGCCUUGAAUAACUAUGAGGCCUUCACCUCAGAAAAGGACUCUAAUGUUGGGAGCACUGGGGGGCUGAUCUCAAACCCACCUUCAACUCCCUUUAUGACUAAUGAGGUGUCCUCUCUUGGAACUUCCAUUGAUGAGGAACUUUCCACCCAAAAUGUUUCCCUUGAAAAUUCAUCAGUGCUCUUGGAAACCUCUAAUGUAGCCAGUGACUCUGCUGUCUCCUCAACAAUAUCCCACACCACGACUGGUGGAAUCGUGACAACUGACUCUCUGGAAAUCACCAGUGGAACCAGUGGACCCCCUAUCACCAUGGCUACUAGCUCUCUGGAGACCUCCCAUGGGGCCAGUGGACCCCCUGUCACCAUGGCAACUAACCCUCUGGAGACAUCCCAUGGGGCCAGUGGACCCCCUGUCACCAUGGCAACUAACCCUCUGGAGACAUCCCAUGGGGCCAGUGGACCCCCUGUCACCAUGGCAACUAAUCCUCUGGACACCUCCCAUGGAGCCAGUGGACCCCCUGUCACCAUGGCAACUAACCCUCUGGAGACCUCCCAUGAGGCCAGUGGACCUACUGUCGGCAUGACAACUAGUUCUGUGGAGACUUCCCAUGGGGCCGGUGUAAAAAUAUCCACAGUGAUUACUCCUAUCAUUAGGCUCUCCCCAAAUCCAGAUGAGGGGUCAAACAAAAUGCUGCUAGUGGCUGUGCUGGUGGCCCUACUGGUGGUUAUGAUUCUCAUAGUUCUGCUCCUACUAUGGCGCCGGCGGCAGAAGCGGCGCACAGGGGCACUGACGCUAAACAGAGAUGGAAAGCGCAACGGGGUGGCAGAUGCCUGGGCUGGGCCUGCCCAGGUCUCUGAUGAGGGGGCUGUGGCAGUGACAAUGGGAGGGUCUGGGGAUGACAAGGGCUCUGGGGUCCCCAACGGGGAGGGGUCUGGCCAGCGGCCCACACUCACUACUUUCUUUGGCAGACGAAAAUCUCGCCAGGGCUCUGUGGCACUGGAGGAGCUGAAGUCUGAGCCAGACCCCAGCCUAAAGGGGGAGGAAGAGCCACUGAUGGGCAGCGAGGAGAGGGCUCUGGAGGCUCCCUCUUCUGAUGGGUCAGAGGCAGGAGAUGGGGCCGCACUGCAGUGCUCAUGAAGAGCAGGAGUGGAGGGUGGAAUGCUUGCCAGCUUCUAUCACCUUCCCUCUCCUCAUCCCCUCCAGCCCCGGCCCCUAGUGCUUCCCUGCAGCCUGCUCUGCAUCUUCACCCAGCUUCUCCACCCGGGGCCUUCCUGCAGCAUCCUGCCCCAGCACUGCACUUAGCACGGGGCCAGGGCCUGCAUCACCGGCCUUCUGUAACCUGAGUUGAGGGAAAAAACUUUUCUCACCUUUUUGAUCCUGAACUGUAUUAGGUGCCGUAUUGCUACUCGUGUUGAAUCAAGAAUUGUAGCUGGACAUGGGUCUGGAGGACGAAAAAAACAUGCCGACCGGGUCCGGAGAUCCCAAGGAGGAGGAAGAAGAAGAGGAGGAAUUAGCGAUAGGAGUGAGGCUCUCAGUGCACACUGGCAACCUUGGAAGGCAGGGAUGUGAAACUUUUCCCUACUACUUAGCAUCAGAAUUGAAUGGGAGACCCCAUUCUGCCAUGUCUGGUGGCAAUGUGGCUCUGCCAGCUGGCCUUCUGCACGGAUCCCUUAACAACAGUGAGAGAGCAGUGCGAGCAGCUGGAAAAAUGUGUAAAGGCUCGUGAGCGGCUAGAGCUCUGUGAUGAGCGUGUCUCCGCCAGAUCACAUACAGAAGAGGAUUGCACAGAGGAGCUCUUUGACUUCUUGCAUGCAAGGGACCACUGUGUGGCCCACAAAUUCUUCAACAGCCUGAAAUAAAUGUGCAGACUCAUUCACCUCAGCCUUCAUCACCUUGGCAUCAGGAUGCUUCCUUAUGGUUUUGAAUAUGCCCUUUGUUUUUAAUUUGUAUAACUGUUAACUUCAUACAAACCUCAUGCAUUUUGGCUUAGGAAAGUAGCCAACUCUAUGUAAUAAGCAGUGAUUCCAUUCUAAUAAAAUUCUGUGAACUGCCAAAAAAAAAAAAAAACAA